GCCCUCUUUGGAUAAUUUGGUAAAAAGGGGAGUGUUACAAGAGAUGAACUGCCCUAAUUGUCAGGGAGCUGAUGAGACCUUGAUGCAUCUCUUAUUUUUUUGCCCUCAAGUUGAACCAAUUUGGUUUGGCUCCACCUUGGGUCUUAACCCUCGGCAACUGCGGGUGAAUUGUUUUAGAGACUGGUGGAGGUUCAUUAAUGGUUUAGCAAAGCAAAUGGGUUUACCAUCUCUGGUUGAUCAAAGUGCAAUAAUCUGUUGGCAUCUAUGGAAGGCAAGAAAUGAGAAACACUUUGAACAUGUGGAUUUUAAUCCUCAUCAAAUCCUUGCUCGUAUCUCUGCUACGAUCCAUGACUACUCCUCUAGCAUGUCUAAAAACUUACCGCUUGCCCCGUCUAGGUCACGAGCUGAUGGGAAACAACAGCAAUCCUCCUGGGUUAGACCUCCAACGGGCUUCCUUAAAGUCAAUGUUGAUGCCUCUUUCUCUCCCCAAACGGGUUGUGCUGCUCUAGCAAUGGUUGGGCGCAACUUUAAAGGUGAGAUUUGUGUUGGAGAAUCCUGGCUCGCUAUGGCAUCAUCACCGCUUAUGGCAGAGGCGGUUGCUUUAUGCAAAGCUGCUAAAUAUAUGGAAAGCAUGGGCGCCCAAAAUGUCUUGUUUGAAUCAGAUAACCAAGCUUUAAUUUUAUCCCUAUUGCAAGCUCAUAAACCAAUCCCAUGGGAGAUUAAGUCAAUCAUCCUGGCCCUUAGAGAAAUCUCUCAUCGCCACCCGCAGUUCAUGAUUUCCUUUAUCCCACGAAAGGAUAAUAAGGUUGCAGAUUGGGUGGCUAAACAGUCACUUAAAGGGCAAUGCCCCUUUUUUUGGGCACAUAGACCUCCUAAUGUUCUGUUCUCCUUACUGCUACAGGAUGGUCUUUGUAAAUAAUGUACAUUAUUAUGAUAUACUAUAUAAAUUUCCUUUUCCUCAAAAAAAAAAAAUAUAUAUAAUAAUAAUGUCUAGUCUAGAUUCAAUGAAUACAGCUGUAGCUCUCUCCUGCCUCCUAAGCAAUUGUUAGUAAUUCCAAAGCCAAUGUCUUUGAAUCUUAAAAUGGGACAUUUUAUUGGUUAAUUCAGCUUCUGUUUAUGGGGAUCUUCUACAAAUGGGUAACAUGAGCACGUUGAUCCUUAUGCCAACUUCUUUUAAUGAAGACCUCUCAUUUUG